AUGCGACAGCUCCGGCCUGGGGACACGGCGAAAGCGCACGGCGAUCCACCGUUUAAGGCGAUGGACGCUGCAGGGCAGGAGUUGGCACCCGCGAUAGCACCUUUGGAGCCGCCAAGAACUUCAUUGUGCGAUUCGCUGCCGGUGAUCUCGGAGCACCCAGAGCUGUCUCUGUUUCUUUUCAGCAUAAGAAGGGACGCACGUGCCAUGUCGGCAGAAUUUGCGCAAAUCAGCUUUGGCAGCCAAUCGUACUCUUGCAAUUGCCAAGAGCGUCAGAGGAUAGAUGAGAUGCAGCAACAGCAGAUGGAGGAGCUGCAGAGGCUUCAGCACCAAUGGCAGUCCUUUGGCUCAGAGGGCAGUGUCGAUUCUUUCGGGUGGAUCAAAGUAGCUCUGACAUGCUCUGAGCAUAGCCGAGGCAGGAGCAGGAACAACUGCAGCAAAAGCUGCAGGAAACCCUUCGGCUGCCGGAGGCAGGGUUUAGGGUUUAGGGUUUCGGGUUGA